AUGGCCAGCAAACACUUCAUCCCCAUCCUACUCCUCAUCCUUCUCCCAACCAUCAUCACUGCAAACCCAGAAACCUCUCACUCAGAGAAAACACCAAACACUCCCAAAGAACCAACAAUCAUCAUUGAAGGCAUGGUCAUGUGCCAGAGCUGCAAACAAGCUGCAGGAUCAUGGUCACUAGCUGAAGCCAAACCACUGCCAUCAGCCAAGGUUAGCAUCUCUUGCAAAGAUCACAAGAACCGUGUUAAGCAUUACCAGGUUGUCAAGACUGAUCUUGGAGGAUAUUUUUAUUCACCACUUCAUGGUCUUGAUAUUAAUAAUUAUAAGUUUUAUCUUGGUCAUCCAAUUCAUGCUUGCUCUGUGAGAUUGGUAUCAUCUGCUGAUAUGGGUUGUAAUGUUCUCACUAAUAUUAAUGGAGGGAUUGAAGGUGGAAAACUGAGAGAUGAGAAGAAGAAGAAGUUGGUGUCUGGGGCUGUGGUUUAUUCUGCAGGGCCUUUGGCUUUCCGUCCUGCUCACUGUCUCCCUCCUGUCCAUUAUUGAAUUUGGUUGUGAAGUUUAUAUAUGUUGCUUGUUAUUUGAUUUUUUUUUCCCAA